GAAAGAUUUAUAGCGCACAGUGAAAACAUUUUUGGAAUUGACAGUUUUCUACCAUUCAUCUUAUUUUUUUUUUAAUUGUCAACAAAUAAAAAAGUUAUUUAAUAAUGAUAUCAAUUUAAGGAAAAUUUAUAUCUUCCGCAAUUUUAUAUACAAGAAACAAACACAUCCUUCAAAUGGAGCGUGUUUUGAAAGCUGUACCAGCGGAUUUAAGAGUAAAAAUGGAGGCACUUGUGCAUGAUUUAACUUUGGCAUUAGAAGAAAGCAACAAUAGUGCAAAUGUGAGACGCAGAUGGGGUAUUAGAAGAAGAGCCCGUUCCACGGGCAAUAUUCCAUCACUUCACAUGAAUAAACAAUCGGAUGACAGUUCAUCUUCCAUUUGUGAUAUCCAUAUUCCAAAAAAUAACACUGCCUCCAAAUAUCAGUCUGAUAGUGAUGAUACCAACCAAACAAAAAGAUUUGCACGAUUUUCUAAUUCAAACAAUGCUAGCAACAUUGAAAGUGAUUCAGUUAAUGAAAAUUUUGUACCUAGAGUAAAUCCACGACGUAAACGAAAAUUUAAGAGAAUGGCUAUUGAUUCUGAUUCUAAUCCAUCAACUUCUCAGACUGUUGCAUUGUCAACAACACUUGCAAAUAAAAAGAGAAUUUUACGAAGUGAUUGUAAAAAUAGAUAUGGAACAAUAUGGUGUGGAAAACGUAAGAGGUCUUGUAGAGAACGAUCAACAGAUUGUGAUAUGAGAUCAUUAAAACCAAAUAGAAAUACAAAAUCAAAAAAUCGUAUCAAGAUACAAACUGAAGAUGGUAUUGAUUGUUCAAGAAUAUCCAGUUCAAGUAUUUCAUCUAGUGACUCAGAAACUGGACUUAUGACAAAUGAUGAAGAUCGAGAAGGAGAUGAUGAGCAAUCAGAUUGGAUUGGAGAACCAAGUUGGUGGGAUGAUGGCGAAAGUACUAAUGAAGAUAAAGUUAAUACUGAUUCAUCAUUUCAAAUGAUGAUACAUGGAAAUUUUGAACAUACAACAGUUGAAACAAGAAAAAGUUAUAGAAAAAGAAUUCAAAGAAUUCGAGAAGGUCUUAGUGGAAGAGAAAUCCGCGCUGGUCGUCGACAUGUUGAUAAUAAACCUGGAUAUUCAAUUAUUACAUCAGCAAAUGAAAAAGUUUCUAGAUUUUUACAAGAUCCUACUCAAAAUGAACUUAGAUUACAUCCUAUGCGACAAGCUGAGAGAGAAAAACUUCGCAGGCUUGCAAAUUUAUAUAGUUUAAGUUUAAAAGGAGAUUUAGGUUGUCCGAUUUUAUAUAAAACUCGACAUACUACACAAGCUAUUUGUGUAGAUCAAGUAUCAUUCAAUCGAUUUUCUGGUUAUAAAAGAUUAAGAAGAACUCCACCAAAUUCACCUAACUCAGAAUUAAUAAUGCAUAAUCAGGAACAUCAAAUUUCUAAUACAGGAUUUGGUUCACAAAUUAUAAAUCCUAUAUCAAAUUUAGAUUCAUUGCAAACAUUACCGCAAUUUUCUCACUUUAAAUGGGAUUCAAAUAGUAUGGAUAUUGAAAUUCAUGGAAAACCAAAAUUACAUGAUUUUGAUCAUUCAAAAUCAAGUUAAACCAAACAGUUUUUUGUUAAUUUGUUUUUUGAAAUAAAUUAUUUGUGUAUAUUCA